GAUCGAACUUCCCACAAUGCAACGCGAAGCUGUCAUGGCUGCUCACUGAAGCUUUAGGAAGCACAUGGGAGCAAUAAACACAGGGCGAGACAUAUACGAAGUCAGUCGGAGUGUUGGUUUCCACGGGCUGUAGUUAUUAAUAAUAAUAAUAAUAAAAAAACAUAAAAUCUAAGGCGAAUAGAGAAAUCUGGGAAUUUGACAGUUUGGUGAUUCAUACGUGUCGGAAAGAUGCUGGUGCGAGAUGUGGAGAUGCCGGUUCUACGGGGCUUUCUCACUUCUAGCCAGUCGACAGAGUGGAAUCAGAGCGUCCUGAUGUCUGCCGAGAGUGGCCCGCUCUUCCAGUCUCUUCUGGAGGGUGACUUCUUGGGGGUCCUUCAGAGUCGCAUCGUGUUGAACUUGCUGGGAGGUGAGAGCGGCCCCAAGGAGACCGUCGAAUCUCAUUUGGAGAAGCGGGUGCUAGCUUUUCUGGCCACAGGCGGAGAUGAACGGACAGAGAGGGAGGCUGUGCUGUUUGCACUGUCUGUGGCCUGUCUGCACCUCUUCUCCCAGAGCAACUGGACCGGUCCCCCAGUCACUGUCCAUGUGGAGGACCUCCUUCCCAAAUCUCUGCUGCAGCAAUACUCAGAGCCCAGCUUUCUCACAACAGCCAUCCUGAACAGCCUGGUCCUGGAUGGUGAGAGCAUUUACCCGCUUGUGUCUACACCCUUCCUGUUGUUGCUGGCGCGGGUGCUGCUGGUCAGUUGUGGUGACAAGAUGGAGAGCUUUCAGCUGCUUCCAUGGUGGACCCUACGCUGUGUGGGCCUGCACCAGCAGCUCCUGGAGGAACGUUCACCCCAGCUCCUGGGAUUGGCACAGCAAUGCAUGGACAGAGUGAUAAAGCUGGAAUCUCAGCUGAUGGCCGGGGGCCACAACGACCUGGCUGUGCAGCUGCACCUGGAGUGUGGCUACAGCUGCCUGAUGUAUUAUGAGUACCAACCAGCCAAGGAGCACUUUGAGAGGGCGAGGGAGCUCUGUGAGCUGGAGGUCAACAUGACGGGUGCUUUGGGGAAGCGAACCCGUUUCCAGGAGAAUUUUCUGGCUCAGCUCAUCCUUGACGUGCAGCGCAAAGAUGGCGUCCCCCCCCGAGAAUCAAUACCCACACCAAAACCAACCCCAAAGGACAGCCUUCCCAAGGACCAUGACCUGAGUGACGACACAGUCCUGAACAAGGUUGACCUGGCAGAUCCCGGGGAGCACCAGCUGCCGGACCUCAGUGCCGAGGAGCAGGCUGUCAUCCUGGGAGUCUGCAUGGAUUUCCAGAAGAACAAUCCUGUCCACAAGCUGACUGACGAGGAGAUCCUUGCCUUCACGUCGUGUCUGCUGUCCCAGCCAAAGUUCUGGGCUGUGGAGGUGGCUGCCCUGACCCUGCGCACAAAGGUGGAGCGGAGGAGCACCCGGCGGGUAGAGAGGGCCAUGAUGCAGACACAGACCCUGGUGGACCACUUUGAGGAGAGGAACCUGCCUGUGAGCGAGCGUCUGAAGGUCUUCUACUGCUGCCAGGUGCCGCCACACUGGAUGCUUCAGCGCCAGCUGGCUAGCCUGUUGAUGGACCUGGGAUGUACCAGCUCCGCGCUGUUGCUAUAUGAGAGGCUGCAGCUGUGGGAGGACGCGGUCAUCUGCUACGAGAGGCUGGGCCAGCAUGGCAAGGCCGAGGAGGUCCUCCGGCGCGAGUUGGAGCGGAGGGAGACGCCCACGCUGUACUGUCUGCUAGGCGACGUGCUCAGGGAGCUGCAGUGUUACGAGCGUGCCUGGGAGCUGUCCGGCCAUCGCAGUGCCCGCGCCCAGCGCUCCAUGGCGCUGCUGCACCUGCGUAAUAAGGAUUUUGCACAGUGCAUCGAGUGCUUUGAGCAUUCGCUGCGCAUCAACCCCAUGCAGCUGGGUGUGUGGUUCUCUCUGGGAUGCGCGUAUAUCGCCAUGGAGGGCUAUGAGGGUGCAGCCAGGGCCUUCCAGAGAUGCGUGGGUCUGGAGCCAGAUAAUGCUGAAGCCUGGAACAAUCUCUCCACUGCCUACAUCCGACUUCGACAGAAGAACAAGGCCUUCCGCACCCUUCAAGAGGCACUCAAGUGCAACUACGAGCACUGGCAGAUAUGGGAGAACUUCAUUGCCGUGUGCAUUGACGUGGGCGAGUUUGCGGAGGCCAUCCGGGCCUACCACCGGCUGAUGGACCUAAGAGAGAAGUACCAGGAUGUCCAGGUCCUGGAGAUCUUGGUGCGGGCAGUGGUGGAGGACCUGUCGGAUUGCCGUGGCGAACAGGCUACCUCACUCAGGCCCAAGGUGCAGGAGCUUUUUGGCCGUGUCACAUCUCGGACUACUACUGAUGCCCGGAUCUGGAGGAGCUACGCCAAACUGUACGGGGACGGCCACAGUCAGAACCCAGAGGACAACGAGAAGGCCCUGCAGUUCCUCUCAAAAGCUCAUCGCUGCAGCACUCAGGCCAGUGGCUGGGAGAAGGAUAGGGGCAGCCUGCAGGAGCUGAUGAGGGAGGCGGAGCAGCUAGCAAUAGUGUCGAUCAGUUGCAGCAGAGCUAAGCGUAACCCCCAGGAGGCAUUGCAGAUCCUUUCGUCCACUCGGCUCCUCCUGCGCAGCCUCACCACCAAAGCCAAGCAGGUGCACACAGAUGUAGCCACAGGUGAGAUCCACGAAGACCUGGCCGAGGACAUCAGAAAUUUGGAGCAGCUUGUCACGGAGCUGCAGGACCUGUCUGCCCAACUACGUAAUCAGUGAGGGUCCGGGGAAGCCAGCUUCCAAGAAUCUGACAGAGGCUUGUGGUGGAUCCAGACUCUUUUGAAAGUUCGACUAGCCCUGUGAUCGAUGGCUUAAAGGCACACCUCUAAUUCCAGCAGAAUGGCUGCCGGUCUUUCUGACGGCAGGAGAGCUGUGCCGGCUGGCGGAAAACAAGUGUACGAUCAAUGUGCUGUUCGAUGAUCUGAAAAGAAGCUUGUUUGUGCACAACAUAAAUUUAGGUUCUUAUUGAUCCAAAGAAGACAAACUGGUCUCUGAGAUUUGGGCAAAUAAAAAAGCAAUGAUUAUUGUCAUUA